AUGACCACACAACGUGUGUUCCGCCUGCCUCAGCGCACGUCCAUUCUAGACCUCCAGGUCAACGAAGAAAGGGGCAUUGCUCUCAACUUCCGCGACUUCGCCGUCACCACUGGAAAGUACCCCUUUCCUGUCAAAGACAAUGUGGUGCCCCGCUCUGACCUGUCUGGCGAGGUCGUACGUGUGGGCAACCAAGUGGACGACUUCGCCGAGGGAGACAGGGUUAUCGCAUCCUUUGACUUGAAGACGUUAUAUAGUGCCAUGCCCGGCUGGCACCAUAGCCUGGGUGGUUGCUACGAUGGAGUGCUUCGAGAAUACAUCGCACUACCUAGCUCUGCGCUCGUCAAAGUGUCACCGACCAGCGGGCUCAGCUUCGCUCAACUUUCGGCUUUGGUAUGUACGAGCACCACCGCUUGGAAUGCACUUUACGGCAAUAAUCCUCUAGAACCUGGACAGACGGUGCUCUUCCUUGGCACUGGUGGCGUCUCGAUCAAUGGUCUAAUCUUAGCCAAAGUAGCGGUCCUAAAGACGUAUGGUGCCGACUACACCAUCAACUACAAGUCGAAUGCGAACUGGUCUCAAGAGGUGCUCAAGAUCACCAACGGCCACGGUGCGGACUUUAUUCUCGAGAACGGUGGAGCCGGGACGAUUGCUCAAAGCAUUGUAACAGUGGCCUAUGGCGGAAACAUUACCGUGAUAGGGUUCCUUGCCCCAUGCCCACAAGAGAAGAUGCCUGAUGUAGCUGCGUUGGCCCUUUCUAAGGGUGCGAUUGUUUGCGGCAUCAUGGUGGGGUCUAAGCAACAACUAGAAGAUGUCACGCGUUUUGUGACUUUCGAGAACCUCAACGUGCCCGUGGAGAAGGUGUUUGGGUUUGAAAGGGAAGACGUCGUAUCAGCUUUCGAGUACUUGGUAUCUGGUCAGCACAUCGGCAAAGUAUGCAUUGUUGUGAACUGA